GUAACUCGCGGCAUGCAUAAAUACCACGUCACACCGCUCUUCCAUCAACGAUACUUUUGAAGUCACAUGCACCCAGAGGCUAUGGUCGUGAGCGAAUGAUUAUAAACCCAAUCUGCACGUCCGUAACACGCUGACCCUCCUGCCUCUGCCUCCCAUGGCAUCCUCACCAAAAGAAGAAAAUUGGCAUCCUUCCAGUCUUCUUGCAUAUGACGCACUUCCAAACCACCAGGACUUCGACUCGAUAACAUCUGAUGCGAAGUCCACUGCUGAAAUUAGAACCAAUUUCUACGAUCGCAGUCUGGCCAGUCGCAGAUAUGCCCUUGUUGGAGUGGCAUGCUCAAGUAUCUUCAGCUGCUCAUGCAUCGUUGUAGGCAUUGUCACUUUAGCCAAUCAGGGAGUCUCGGGACUCUUACCUGUGGCCAAUUUGGUCUUCUUUGAGAAUCUCGACCAGUUAGCUCAGAUGAACAUGCAGGCGGAGAUAGUGUCCCUGAUACUAAACUCAAUCGUCAUGUUGUGCACGGAAUCCAUAGGCUUCGUCCACGGCAUCUCAUUGCGAUCUGCACUAGCCUCAGAGUCUCGGCUUCGUUUCAACACCAAUCUGCGCCUUCUGACUGCAGCUCGUGGAUGGUAUAACCCUAAUGGCGCCCUGCUUAAUGGUGUCUCGGCUAUCCUUCUCAUUGUAUCCUAUAGCUCAACCUCACUUCUCGUAUGUUUGAACUAUCAACCCGUUCCAACAUCGAUACCAACGGAAUGGAAUCUUGGAACGGGUCUUGCCAUCGCAGGGUUACCUCUCCUCUUUUUGGGUGUUGCACUCCUCCUCCAGGUAGUGAUCGCAUUGUCGGGGAUGCGGGCUGUCAAAAUCUUGACGUGGAGCUCCUCCCCUUUUGACUUGACCGCCGCACUGGUACACCACACGCAAUGUACUCCGGUUGCUUUCCGGUGCAUGCGUUGUGUGUCUGACCUGGACGCAGAUGGAGGCCCAGCAAAUCCGUCAGAUACACAGCCUUCUGCGUGGCAUGCUCAUCCCAGCAUCAAAAAAGUUGUUAUUUCUCUCUGGGGGAUCGUUGUAGCAUGCGCUGGAUGGGCCGCACUCGUCAUGUAUAUCUGGCACAAGUACGCCGGCACGAAUCAAGCGUCCCCCUCUGCGCUGACCACACAAACGUGGUCAUUCUUGCCGCACGCGUCCUUCGAAGGGUCCAAUUUCAUCUUGUAUAAAAUGCCAGGUGCCAAUAUUCAGGGGUGGAUUCUGCUCUUUGUCAGCAUGGCAGUUGUCCAGGGACCGUUGACACUUGGGCUGCAUUGCUCGGAGCUCAUCGCGAACGUCAUUCGGGAUGAAAGGCAGUGGAGAUACGCUACCGGAAGAAAAGGACUUAAAACGGCGACAAACCCGCUAAAGUUGAUUUUGUGUCAUCCAAUCUGUCUUAUAAUUUUCAUCGCGAAGCCUUUCCUCCACUGGAUGUUUGGGCUUUCGUUCACGAUAACUCGCACUGCGUCUGACGAGCAACUAGUAGAGAUGUCGGUAUUCAUGUACACUGCCCAGAUCUGGAACUUAUCUAUAGCGCUAGCUAUAUUCGCAUGUUUCUUCACUCUUGUCCCACUGCGCCGACCGCGGGGCCCCCAGCCAGCUGCAUAUGGCCACAUCCAGACGCUCGCGAACCUCGUGGAUGAGUGGUCGCCUGUGAUGUGGUGGGGACACAAGGAGGACGGGACCCCGUACUGUCAUGCUGGGACGAGUGAUCACCCGCUGCCGGAUGUGAAGAUGGACUGCGUCUAUGCUGGUACGCAUGCGUCAGAGCGUAUGCUUUAAACUCCAAGCAUGAGCCCGACUUUCAUCAUGAAUCCCGACUUUACGUUUCGACGAAGCAACUUCACCAGCGAUACCUUCUGCUCCACGCACUCUUUCUCGUAACAGCUACUUGAUAGCAAUAAAUGAGUGUCAAUUGGGUGUGGUCAAUGCAAAGCGAGAGAAGGAACUACCGAAAAAGAUCCCUGACAGGUAGGUCUGCCAAGGAGAUGAAGAUAGAGG